CCCAGAAAUUUCCUCUUCAGUGAACAAAGAGCACAAGGCUGAGUUCUGCCAACCUUGAUCGUGCGUUAUGUCCGUCAACAGCUAUUGCGUUGUUCUGGUUGACAGCAAGAUAAAGCCUGAAUCACAGAGACGUCUCUGCUCAACUCAUGAGCCUUGCAAAGGGUCCUGACCGUGCCUCAGUCUGGGGUACUCUCUCCUUAAAUCUGUUGACAGCAUUCAGUUGUAAGGGACCAAAAUGCCUUUCGUUCGGCACACAGACACAACUCAGGUCGUUCCGCUCUGGAUUGAUGGCCAAGCCGCGCCCCUAGAAGCUUCCAAAUUCAUUGAGGUAUACUCUUCGGCGAAGCAACAGAUCAUACAUUACGCACAGGGCGCAAGUGAAGCCGACGCAUGCAAAGCAGCAGACGCGGCCUGGAACGCCUUUUUGAAAUGGAAGAAGACCAGGCCAGAGUUCCGCAGCGAGAUGCUACUCAAAGUAGCCGACCUGUACGAAGCCCGUGCAGGCGAAAUUGCAAGAUGGGAAGUGGACGAGACUUCUUGCUCGGAGACGUUCGCGCAAUUCAAUAUCAAGCUCGCUGUUGGCAUCAUGCGUGAAUUCGCUGGCGCGCUGACGACUGCGCUAGUUGGUGAUAUCCCCCCGAUCUCGGACGGCUAUGGCUUUGUCUUCAAGGAACCCGUUGGCCCCGUACUGUUGAUACCUCCCUGGAACAGUAGCAUCAUUCUCUCCUCGCGUGGCGUUGCCGCUGCCCUUGCUGCCGGAUGCACGGUCGUCAUGAAGGCGUCGGAACUCUGUCCUCGUACUCAUUCAAUGAUCGUUGACAUCUGGGAAGAAGCCGGCUUGCCCAAAGGAUGUCUGAACCAGGUCCAGGCCGAGCGCAAGGAUGCAGCAUGCGUGACGGAAGCACUGAUUGCUCAUCCUGCGAUUCGCAAAGUCGAGUUCAUCGGCAGCGCUGCCGUUGGCCGGAUCCUUGGUCAAACAUGCGCUAAGCACUUGAAGCCGAUCCUCAUGGAACUGGGAGGCAAAAGCCCAGCCAUCGUGCUGAAGGAUGCCAAUCUCAAGGCCGCAGCGGAACAUGUCGCUUUCGGCGUAUUUCUACACCAGGGACAGAUCUGCUUCUCCACGGAGCGGAUCAUUGUGGAAGAAGUGAUCUCGAACGAUUUCAUCCAGGCGCUGAAAGAAGAAGCAUCUGCCAAGUACUCGGGUGACGUUGGAUUCGCGGUAGCAACUCACAUCACCAAGCAUGCCCAUGACAUCGUCGAGGAAGCCCGAGCCGCUGGAGCGACCUUCCUCUUGGGAGACAACUCCUAUAUCGGGGCAACAGGUGCCUCGUUGAAGCCGACGAUUCUCACGGGAAUCAAAAGCACGGACAGAAUACGUGAUGAAGAGACCUUCGGACCCUCAGCUACGCUCUACAUUGUGAAAGACGCGGACGAAGCGGUCGCUUUGGCCAACGAUACCGCGUACGGCCUGAGCGCCACGAUUCAUACCAAGGACAUGCUACAAGCGCUGGACAUGGCCAAGAAUCUGGACUACGGACAGGUCCACGUCAAUAUGCCUACAGUCUAUGACGAUUUUUCACUCCCAGUGUCUGGGGUGAAAGGCAGCGGCUGGGGCAACAACAACAGUGAAUACGGACUGAGGGAAUACCUCUACGACAAGACGGUCACUUUGCACCAGCACGAGAAUGCUAGAGCGUCGUUCGGACAUUGA